GAAUAGUUUGACCACGGUUGGCGGUGAUCACGGCGUUCAACGGCCGCCGGUUCAAAACAUCCCCAUCAGCCCGCCGGUGAGCUCCUGCCCGUCAAUGGCGAACUCAACCGCCGAUCCGCCGGGUCAGACUACACUCGCUGGAGAAGAAGCGUCGAGCCACCUAGACUACACGGCGUUCAUCCUGGUGCCCGUGUUCUUCCUCCUGGGCCUGUUGGGGGUGGUGAUCUGCCACGUGUUGAAGAGGAAGGGCUAUCGGUGCACCACCGAGGCCCACGGUGAGGAAUGUGAGGAGGAAGAGAAGGAUCCGGAGCUGGGUGGAGAAAUGAAUGACACCCUCAGUGAAAACAACGACACCGUUGGGCAGAUCAUCAAAUACAUCAUGAAAAAUGAAGCAAACUCUGACGCCCUGAAAGCCAUGGUUCAUGACAGCAGCAUUGACUCUGAUGGACCGCCACUCACCCCCACCUCCCCACUCACCCCCACCUCCCCACUCACCCCCAGCUCUCUUGGCACCCCUCCGUUGACUCCCGUAUCGCCGGGUGCACCCCCGGGAGCCGCCAAGCACACGUGCAACCACCUGCACACCAUCGGCGGCUUCGGCGGCCACAAGAACAUCUGCAACCGCUGCAGCCAGAAGAAAUGGCCGCUCAUGAGGAAGCUGUCUGCCCGCAAGGCGGAGCAGCGGCGCAGCCAACUCGGGGAGGUCACGGUGCUGGCUGUGGGCAGGUUCAGGGUGACGAAGUGUGAGAAGCCGGCCAGGGAUAGGCGGACGCUGCUAAUAACGGACUCCAAUGGGAGCGCUCCUGCGUCUCCAACGGCGACGGAGCCCAGGAGCCGGACGCCGUCGGAGUCCCAGCAGGAACAGACGGACGACUUGGACAAAGAGAAGCGAUAGCGAUCUCGAGGAUCCCGAGGCGAGAAGAGAACAUCUGGACCAAACCCCAAAAACGGGAGCAAUAAAAAAAACAUCAGCGCCGGAGGAGCGGAGUAGUCCGGGGGAGCCGCCCCUCCACAUUCCUGCUCCGCGGGGGGGGCGGGGCCUCAACGUGCCGAUGAAGAUGAGGACGACAGGCGGCGGGAGUGACGUACAGUCACGCCGGCCGGUUAUUUUACAAGCAGUAACGGGGAAUGCGUGGCACGCUCCAUUUCCUCUUAAAAUAGAUAUACGAUAGUGCCUUGCUCGUGGCGUUUAGGCACGGCGGCUGCUUCGCGUCCGGGAAGCCCGGCGCGGGGCUUUCCCCGACGGACCUGUUACUCAAUAUGCCGAUGGUGUGUGUACAUAUGUUUUUGUAUGUGGAGGUAAACUAGAAUUUGUUGCACGUCCAUCAGUAAAGGGGAUUGAUGGAGCUGCAGCCCCAGAGACGCUAUCCAGGAAGUCUGAGAUUACAUCGGAGGGAGAAACUAACUCAUAACGGCGGGCGCAGAACCAGGAAAUGGACGGUAGGGUCGGCAGAUGUGACGAGACUAAAACGACAGCGUCUUGGCGUUUCUCUUCCGACCUGACCAAGCAGGAAGAGGAGAGGGCAGUGAACGACGCGUCGGGUCUCAUAUCAAACCGUGGCUUCUCGUUCAGCGCGUUGUCUUAAAGGGACGCGCCUCCGACCUGCAUCCCGAGAGGUCGGUGCGCGCCACCCGUAAAGGUCACGGAGCACAUUUUCUAUUCUUUUAAAAAACAAUUUUUUAGCAGUUCAUAAAGUUGUUUUCCGCUAACGUGUCGGCAAACAUUUUCCUUUACUAAUAAACAUCCAGCAGACAUUGCGCAACAUUAGCUUUCAUGUCCUGGUGAAGUGCAACAUUCACUUUUAUUUUAGCUUUGUUUUGGUCUUUGCUUUACAUUUAUUUAUGAAAAGAUGAAAGAUGGGAAAUGUAGGAUCCAAAGAAAAAGUUAAUGCCAUUUAUAUCUCACGCCUUUCAAUUUUAAUCUUUUUUUAAAUUUUUUUUAGAAUCUGUCUCAUGUUCUUUAUGGACGUGAGAUACUAAAUAGGUCAAGUUGCUCUUUAAAGACCCUCAUAAGCUAAUCAUCUAAAUAUAUCGUUUACCCAAAUCUCGACCAAAACAUAUCCUUUUAGCCAUGUUAUCUUCCAACUUGUUAUGUUAAAUGUCUUUUCAUGGUGCCUCAUUUCUUUUUUUAAAUAAAUAAAUACCUGUUAUUCAUA